AUGACCGUCGAAAAAUUCCUGUCCAGCAACUUGUGGCACCAUGGACCAGCCUGGCUAACAGCACCUGAAACGGAGUGGCCAAUUAGUACCCAGCAGCAGAAAACACCCGAAGAAAUCCUGGAGCGACGAAGAAUGGUGGCGGCUGUCCAAAAUAAGCCCGAAGUGAAUGGCAUGUUUGACACAUCGCUGUGCUAUAAUCGUUUGACACGAGUGACAGCAUACUGUCUGCGCUUCAUCCAAGCUUGUCGUAGUGGUCGUCAUCGAACUACAUCGUCACCGUGUCCCGAGUUGAAUGUGAUAACAAAUGCAAUCACCGUUGAGGAAAUGUCAGCAGCCCGGAUGAAACUAAUCAAGCUAGCCCAAGCAGACGUCUUUGCAGAGGAGAUAAGGUACUUGGGGAAGGGAAAAGCGGUUUCCAAGCAUUCGAGCCUACGUCUUCUGAGCCCUUUCAUCGACGAUUCGGGAAUACUGAGAGUUGGGGGUAGAUUGCGUUUGUCAGAUCAGCCUUAUAUAACCAAACAUCCCAUCCUCCUUCCCAAUUCCCAUCCAUUAACACGGUCAAUCGCCAUGCACUACCAUCUGAGGCUACUCCACGGUGGCGGCCGUGUGACCCUAGCGGCCAUUCGCCAAGAAUUUUGGCCGAUACAAGGAAGGCGAUUGGUCAACCACAUCGUACGGAAUUGCUUCCGUUGCUCUAGAGCCUCACCCGUUCCCGCCAAACAACAAACUGGACAACUGCCGCUGCAGAGAAUUACCCCGAGCCGUCCUUUUUCUGUCACUGGAGUAGAUUUUGCCGGUCCGGUCUACAUGAAAGCAAUCCACAAACGCGCCUCACCAACCAAGGCUUACAUCAGCGCCUUCGUUUGCUUCGUCACGAAAGCUGUGCACCUAGAGCUGGUGAGCGACCUCUCCACACCAGCAUUUCUCAACGCGCUACGAAGGUUCAUCGCUCGUCGCGGGUGCCCCACACAUAUACACUCCGACAACGGAAAGAAUUUCGAGGGAGCCUGCAACGCACUACACGAAUUGUACCAAAUGCUACAGCGAGAGAAGGCAUCCGGAUUCAUUGCCACACACUGCUCAAGCCAGGGAAUCCAGUGGCAUAUGACUCCACCGAAGGCCCCACAUUUUGGCGGACUGUGGGAAGCUGCCGUCAAGGUGGCCAAGAAGCAUAUGUACCGUCAGCUAGGAAAUGCGAAGCUGUCUUUCGAAGAUAUGUCGACGGUAUUGGUGCAGAUAGAAGGCGCCAUGAAUUCUCGUUCCUUGACACCACUCACGGAGGACCCCAAUGAUUUAGCCGUUCUGACACCAGCCCACUUUCUCAUCGGAACUACACAGUCUGCUCUCCCCGAUGCCGAAGUAUGCCAGGUUCCGAUCAACCGCCUCGACCACUAUCCAGCUCUGCAACACCGAGUUCAACAGUUUUGGCAUCAGUGGCAGACCGAAUAUUUGCAGGAACUUCAAAAAGAAAACAAAAUCAACGCUCCCAAUACAGCAAUCCAGCCCGGCCGGAUGGUUGUCGUUGUUGAUGAGUUCCUAGCUCCCGUCAAGUGGCCUCUAGCGAGAAUUAUCAACACCAUCGAAGGACCAGACGGACUCAUCCGAGUCGUCGACCGAUCACGAAGAUUUGUUUGCUGCCGUUUGAAGUAG